ACAAGACCUUCAUUUCCUCAUCACGUGAUCUGGAAUCGCAAGCAGAAAAACAGACAUUGCUCGAGACAGAAAACUCCACAUAUCUCCAAAGACAUGACGAUCACAGACGUCUCCCGCUGUACGAUGGAAGUUAUAGAAGUUGAGGAAUUCUUGCGGAACCCUCCGCCCGGUUUCACGGUAGAAGCUGGCUACCGAUUCGUGAAAAGCGAUCCUGAAAACUGCUGCGUGUUCAUCGAUGACUUCGAGUUAUCCAGAGGAGGAAAAGUAGUCUUCCAGCACUCGCAGGGAAAGAAAAUCACAGUGCGCAAUUUGGGAGAUUACACUCGCUUCAGGAAGAGCCUAACCUCAAAAAAGAUAUAUAUACUGGUGUCUGCAUGUGAAAGUAAACCUUCAUCGACAGAUAGGAAAGCUCCCCAAAAAAUAAAAGUGCUCCAGCAGUAUGUGGUGUCCAUUGAUGGCAGUAACCCUCUGAUCAAGUGGGAGAUUGAGAGAGGCCUGGACAGGACUAUCUCCUCUGUGGCUGGGGAGAGCUACAGGGUCGACAUUGACCUGUGUGAUGCGUUGCGUGGCUGGGCAGGGGAGAGUUUCUGUCUCCUAGGCAACAGAGAGAAGGUCACCCCCGUGUGGAAGGAUACCUGCUUCACCCUGAAAUAUUACUCUGAUGCCCUCUUCGACUUCCCACACUGGCUCGGCUUCAGCAAACGCCAUUUCAAGAUCUCCUACCAUGGAAGAUGAGAAGAAGCAAGAAUCAAUAAUAACUAUUUGAUGGGCAAGAAGACUGGACAUAGGCCAAAGAUUAUCUAUUAUAUUGACAAGGUAGUCGAGUGACCGCUCUAACAAUGGAAAUGCAUGUCCUAAAUGCUUUAAGACAAUUGAGGUCAGGUGGGACGAUACUAGCCAAUGAGAGGGCAGAUAUGCGUGUGAACAAGUCAUUUUUUGCAAAGCUGCCGGAAUGCCACCUGCUUCCACUUAUAUCAGUACAUUUGAAACAGUCUAAAAAUUACAAAACUUCUAUUGAAAUCAAAUUAGCCCCAUGUAAUUCGACACUCUCUCAUAGACCUCCAUACAGAAAAAAGGUCUUAUCUCACACGGACAUAUUUAGGGCGGAGUAAAUCCUCUCUCUUCGCCUCUUCCCGAGGCCCAUGUUUCAGUGGACAACGACACCUGUCAGUUGAAGUGAGAAGCUGGGAUACCUGCUACCUGCUAUGCAGGAUUCCACCACUGGGGGGAGCUGUUUAUCAGUAGACUGGAUCAUCUCGUUUAGUGUAAGACAUGGAUGGUCAGUUCAAUGCAGCUGCUUUGGUUUGAGAAUUUAACCCUCUGCUGCACUGUUAUGAUAAUGGAAAGAUGGAGUAAGCCAGUUGGCAUGAAACUAUUGAAAGAAUAGCGCAAAAGAAGUUCAUAUAUACAAUGCCUUCAGAAAGUCACUCCCCUUGACUUAUUCCACAUUUUGUUGUGUUACAGCCUGAAUUUAAAAUGGAUUCAAUUGAGUUUUUGUUUUUGUUACUGACCAACACACAAUACCCCAUAAUGACAAAGUGGAAGGAUGUUUUUAGAUAAUAAAAAAAUCAAAUUAAUAAAAAAAAAAAGUCUUAACUAUUCAACCUCUUUUGGCAAGCCUAAAUAAGUUCAGAAGUAAACAAUUCACAUAAUAAGUUAACAUGGACUCACUCUGUGAGCAAUAGUAGUGUUUAUCAUGAUUUUUUUGAAUGACUACCUCAUCUCUGUACCCAACACAUACAAUUAUCUGUAAGGUCCCUCAAGUCGAGCAGUGAAUUUCAAACACAGAUUCAACCACAAAGACCAGAGAGGUUUUCCAAUGCCUCGCAAAGAAGGGCACCGAUUGGCGGCUGGUGGUACCUUAAAGGGGAGGACGGACUCUUGGUGAUGGUUGGAAGGGUAUUGAACACAUCAAACAUGUGGUUUCCAUGUGGUUGAUACCAUUACAUUUACUCCAUUCCAACCAUUAUUAUGAGCCGUCCUCCCCUCUGCAGCCUCCU